GCUGUGCUGAUGUGCGCAAAGUGAAAGAAGCUACAUGAUGCUACCUGUCCCUGCUGCUGGAGUUGUUUUCAUAUUAGCUUGGAUUUAUCCAAGUGAUGCACUCUACUUCCACAUUGGAGAAACGGAGAAGAAAUGUUUCAUUGAGGAGAUUCCAGAUGAGACCAUGGUUAUAGGAAAGUACAGGACUCAGCUGUGGGACAAACAGACCAAUUCCUUCCUUCCAUCCACCCCUGGCCUGGGGAUGCAUGUGGAGAUCAAGGACCCAGAUACAAAGAUUAUUCUAUCUCGUCAAUAUGGGUCAGACGGACGGUUCACCUUCACCUCCCAUACUCCCGGAGAACAUCAGAUCUGUCUGCACUCCAACUCCACCAAGAUGGCCCUGUUUGCAGGAGGGAAACUGAGGGUUCAUCUGGACAUUCAGGUCGGAGAACAUACCAACAAUUACCCUGAAAUUGCAGCUAAGGACAAACUCACUGAGCUGCAGCUUCGAGUAAGACAACUUCUAGACCAGGUGGAACAGAUCCAGAAGGAGCAAAACUACCAGAGGUAUCGCGAGGAACGGUUUCGCAUGACGAGCGAGAGCACCAACCAACGCGUCCUGUGGUGGUCCAUCGCUCAGACGCUCAUCCUCAUUGUCACCGGCAUUUGGCAGAUGAAGCACCUCAAAAGCUUUUUCGAGGCCAAGAAGUUGGUGUAAACGCGAGCAACGAGGAAGACAACGGACACAUGAAAAGACAGACUUGACUUACCGGAACGGAGAGAGACGGCCAACCCAGAAGUGCAGAAGACUCCAGGAGACACGCGGUCUUUAUAUCAGCUAUAAAAUAGUUAAGAGGAGAUUCACAGAGAAAUGGUUGUCAAUCCUGGGCAAUGUGUUUUUCUUCCAAAAUGUUUUUAAAGCUACUAUUUAAUUUUUUUUCCGUUAGCAAAAAAAAACAAAAAACGCCGUAGCACAACAUUCCACUUGCCUUUCUCGUUUCGUUGGUUGUGUUUUCGUGAUAACACUGGACAGCUUUCCAUAUCUUUCUAGUAAGCGGAGAAGGCAACGUUAUUGAAGCGACGUCGUGUGUUUUUCGGGGUCGUAGAGGAAUGACCACUACAAUAGAGCGUAAGAACGUUAAAGCUGUUACAAGUAAUAAUGGAUGCGGUUACCGAUACUCUGAUUUUACGUUAUUUUUUUUAUUGUUGUGUUGCACAUAGUUUAUUUCCAUUACCGUUAUUGCGGUUUGGUACGUUCUAACCACAGGCUUUUAACUGUGCUGUGUAUAAUAAGUGGUCACACUUAUGCUAAUAUACUGGCAUUGAUUUAUCAGAUAUGGAAACGCUUUAUUUUAAGCCCCAUUUUCACAUUUAUAAAGCAUGUAUAAAUGCUUAUUAAUGGUUUAUAACACAUUGAUGUUGCACGCAGGACAUUUUAACUGAUAAUUUAUGACUCAACAAUUAAAACUUCUCAUAUGACAAUUAAUGAUUAUUAACAGUAUAACAUCAGUAUACCAAUUAUGUAUUUAUACAUACAUGAACACAUUGAGUGGGUUAUAACACAUGUAUUAAGUGUUAAUACACGUACAAUGUUAUCUUGAAUGAUAAUUAUUGUAAAAUGUAAUUACAUGUUAAUUUACCUCAAAAAUAGGAGUUUGACAAAAAAAAAAAAAAAAAAAAAAAAUCUCACUAGACUUAUCCUGGAGCUUUCAGCCACAUUAAAUAUAAUAAAGUUUAUAUGAUUACAAAUGUUGUCAAUCAUUCAUCAGGCUGAUUACACCCACAUUAUAGUGGACUAUAAACCAUAUAUUACUGUAAGUGUUUAUAUACUGGUUAUAAAUAUGAAUUAUGGGGUUAAAAUAAAGCAUUGCCAUCCAUCCUUCUACCAGACUGUACAUAGUUUCUAUCUAGAGUCCAGUUUUCUGCACAUUGUACCGGAAUAGAUCUGUAGAUACAGUUUGUGAUACUCGUCUAUUAAUAACAGGAUUCUUUCUGGUAAAUAACAGCUGACGGACUGUCCUGUUCAUUUUCUAAUGCCUUUUACAAUUUAAAUGAUAUACAGCUUUUUGUUGUUGUUUUGUUUCAUCACAGCUUAUUUAUUGAGCAGUCGGAGCUUGUUUUAUCGCUGAGCUAAAACUGUAAUUUGAUACAUUAUUUAGGAUUUCUAUUCAUCCAUCUCCUUUUAAUACAAGUUCUGUUAACUUAUACAUUAAUAAUGAGGAAGAAUUUAACAAUAUCACAAAAGAAUAAAGUGAGUCCAGCUCUUCAGAUGCACUCAGUUCUUUUUAAAGUUCAAUCGAAAUGUUCCCGUUUUUAAACUGUGGUUUUGAUGUCACUUCCAUGUGCUUAAUAAAGAGACUUUG